UCGAACGUUUUACUAUUUAAAAUAGUAGAAUUUGAACCUGUUACCUUUUAAUUCAAAGGCUUCACUCUUAGCACUCCACUAAGCAAUCAUUUACCUUAGGCUAUCGUCAGUAACUUUCGGUUAAAACUUAUUUGAUUUCCAAUAAAACUUAAAUUUUUAGGGAAAAUUAUCCGUCAAAAUAAAUGUAAAAUUGAUGGACCAAUUUGUUCACUCAAAAGGAAAAAAAUAAAAAUAAAAACUGAAAAUAUUCUAAAAAUUAAAUUUUUUAUUUUUAAAAAGAGAAAAAGAAAUAAAUAGUAGCCCACCCAUUUCAACCACCUUUUUGUUUUGGGCUGACCAUUUUACCCACUUGAAGUUGAAAGAAAAGUAAGAAAGAAACCGCAGAAAACAAAACAUUAAGAAAAAAUAAAAACAAAAAUUCAAAACUCAAAACAAGUUCCAUUUCCCGCCCAAAAACGAACCCUGCCAAUUUUAAACUCAUAAAAAUUCAUAAUUUUACAUUAAUUUCAUCUAUUUCCAAAACCCUAAAAGAAGUGUAAAAGAUCAUCUCUCUUGAAUUCAUUUCAAAUUAAGAACCCAACUCUACUGUUGAUUUAUUUUCUACUUAAUUAAUUAAUCUUUCAAAAAAAAGAAAAGAAAAGAAAAACAUGUCAGCCCCAUCUACUCGCCGUCUUAAAGACCGAAAUGGCACCACCGGAGCGAAAAUCUCCGCCGUCCAAAAACCCGCAAAAUCCCUAACCCCAAUUUCAAACUCAAGUCCAAACCCUGAUUCCGCUCUCAAAAAAUCAGCUUCCGCAAAAGAGAAUCCCAGGCUCAAUUCUCGGAUCCAGAAGCCCACGAUCAAACCCGUUCCACGUGUGGAUAAGGCUGCAGCGGCGGCGGUAGUUCCGGGAAGUGAUGGCGGUGAAGGGCGGAUGCGGUGGUCAACGUCGUCGGUGCCCAGAGGUAGGAGUUCAAGUCCGUCCGAGUUCAUUAGGGUUUUCAGAGACUCCAGGGUUUCUAAAGGAGAGAGUGACAAUCGCGUGGUGUUGAGUGCAGGGAAAAAGAAUAGAAAUGUUAAAGAUUGUGAAGAAAGUAGCGGGCUUAGUGUUGCAACAGUGAAAAAGAGUGGAUUUUGCGAUUUGAAUGAUGUGAAAGUCGAGGAAAACGAGAAUGGUUUUAAAGCUUCUAGUGGUAAUUUAAAUAAAGUGGCAAAAUCAAGAGAGGUUAGUGAUGUGAGUGAUUCAAAUUUAGAUUCAAAAGUACUAAAAGGUGUUAAGUUAGAUAAGUUAUGUGCAGAUAAUUCUGGGUCUGAUAUCAAAGUUGAUAGCUUUAAGGAGCCGAGUGAUAACACUAGUAAAAUUAAGGUUUCGGAGAAUAUUAAAGAAAAGGGUUUGAUUGAAGAGGGUACUGGCAACAAGAUUGGUGUUAAAUAUCCAAGCAAACUUCACGAGAAGCUUGCUUUUUUAGAGGGGAAAGUGAAGAGGAUUGCAUCUGAUAUUAAGAGGACUAAGGAGAUGUUGGAUAUGAAUAAUCCUGAUGCAUCCAAGGUGGUACUUUCUGAUAUUCAGGACAAGAUUUCAGGGAUUGAGAAGGCAAUUGGAAAUGUCGGGGGUGGCGAUUCGUCCAGAACUGGUGGAAAUGAAGGUGGAGAAAAUAAUGUUGUCGGGAAAAAUAAAGAUGAGAAAGUGGAUCAGGUGAAGGGUUCAAUUAAAGGGCUGAACAAUGAGGAACUUGAAGCAAGGCUUUUACCUCAUCAUAAGUUGCUUAGAAACCGAACAUUAUUGAAAGAACCAUCCGGAAGUUCACAGGGUUGCGAGGACUCUAUUGUUCCUGAAUCAACUAGUGAAUCAAAGGUCAAGGAGAAGUUGUUGAGUCCCAUUGAAGAAAAUCCAAUAGCACUAGAGUUUUUGGCUUCACUUAAUAAGGAGGACACGAAAGUAACUCUCAGAGAGACAACAGUGGAUUUUGAAAAUAGAGAAGUUAAAGAAACUGAUGAUGCUGCACCUUCAGGAAGACAAGAUUCUUCAAGCAUGUCCUACGGGAAGAGAGAGGAGGAGGUUGUUCUCACGACUGAUGAGACAUUUGAUGAGUUUGAUGACCAGGAAAAUAGACCUGUGCUUGUAAUCGGUGAGGAGACUGAAGAUACCUGUGUCUAUCAAGUGAAUGAAAUAGGCACUAAAAGUUCGACAGGAGGAUGGUUUGUGUCGGAGGGAGAGUCUGUUCUUCUUGCUCAUGAUGAUGGGUCAUGCACCUUUUACGAUAUAGCUAAUUGUGAGGAAAAGGCUGUAUACAAACCUCCAGUGGGAGUCUCACCUAAUAUUUGGAGAGAUUGCUGGAUAAUCCGUGCACCUAGUGCUGAUGGAUGCUCAGGGAGGUAUGUUCUGGCUGCAUCUGCUGGGGGUACUCUUGAUUCAGGUUUUUGUUCAUGGGAUUUCUAUACCAAAGAUGUGCGAGCAUUUCACAUGGAGGAUGGAGAAACAACCACUUCAAGAACAGUACUAGGUACUUUACCCAACAGUGCUACAUCUAGAAGAAAUUCUUUGUCCAGCUCAUUGUUGCCAGAAGCUCGUCAGUGGUGGUAUAGACCAUGUGGGCCUCUAAUUAUAUCCACUGCCACCACCCAAAGGGGGGUCAAAAUAUUUGAUGUACGCGAUGGGGAGCAAAUAAUGAAAUGGGAGGUGCAGAGGCCUGUUUUAGCAAUGGAUAAUUCAAGUCCUGUGCAGUGGAGAAACAGAGGAAAAGUGGUAAUAGCUGAAGCAGAUACAAUUUCAGUUUGGGAUGUCAACUCUCUUAACCAACAAUCACUAUUAUCUAUUUCUCUGUGUGGUCGAAAAGUCUCUGCUCUUCAUGUGGUUAACACCGAUGCUGAAUUAGGUGGUGGAGUUCGGCAAAGAGUAAGUUCUGCAGAAGCUGAAGGGAAUGAUGGCGUGUUCUGCUCCCCCGACUCUAUUAAUAUUUUAGACUUUCGCCAUCCAUCUGGGAUUGGUUUAAAGAUACCAAAACUUGGUGCCGGUGUACAGUCAGUUUUCACUCGUGGAGACUCGGUGUACAUCGGCUGUACUAAUACAAGGUCUGCAGGGAAAAAGCAACCUUGUGCACAGGUGCAACAGUUCUCAUUGCGCAAACAGAGUUUGGUCAGCACUUACUCGAUGCCAGAAUCUAACGCUCACCCACAUUACACGGCCAUAACACAGGUUUGGGGAAAUUCAGAUUUUGUGAUGGGUGUUUGUGGGCUGGGGCUGUUCGUCUUUGAUGCCUUGGAGGAUGACGGAGUGCAGUCUGUCACUGCUGAUCAGAGUUGUACCCAAAAUGUUAAAGAUGUUAUUGGCCCAGAUGACUUGUAUUCCCCUUCUUUUGACUACUUGUCAUCUCGUGUCCUCCUUAUAUCUAGAGAUCGUCCAGCACUAUGGAGGCACUUGUCAUAGGUAUAAUAUUAUGCUGGAUACUGUUGGUGUAAUUUGUAUCAGAUAAGAGCACGGCCAGCAUUGCCGGCAGCAGCUCUGUUAUGUUCUACUGUAUUUGUAUGUUAUGUGAGAUUAAGAACGAUGCUAUAUAUCGAAGCAAAGCUUAUUUAGAUACAAACAGGAUCUAGAGUACAGAGACCACAUGUAUAUUUUUUUCUUAGUUAUCAGAAGUGGGAAUGCCUUAUCCCUGA